CUCUCUCUCUCUCUAUUAACUUCUCUCUCUCCCUAUUAACUUCUCUCUCUCCUUUAAUCUUUUUCUCUCUAAGAUAUGGCAUGCCAUUCGUUUCCCUCAACGACCCAUUAACCCAGGCUUCCUCUUUUUUGGUACCCAAUUCUCGUGUGACGUUGCAGAGCACUUAAUGGAGAUUCAGGGAGAGAUGAUGACUCCGGAAUAUGCAGAAGGUGAGAAUCAACAUCAUUCAGUACAAACUUAUCGUAGGAGGACCAGAGGAAGUCAAGAACUUAUAUCUUCACCUCUGGAAGGCUCUGUCAAAGAUCUGCCUCUGAUGGGUUCCCUUCAUGAGAUGCAUUCAGCUGACCUAGAUGUUGGUGAAGACUGCAUUGAUGACAUUCUUUCCCCUGGUUCUCCUUGCACAAGUGGUGUAUAUGGAGAUCCUCAGGUACAACCACGAGUAGGAGAACAGUACCAGGUGGAAGCUCCACCCCUAACACCAGAAAGUGACCGUGUAAGUGAGCUUGUACAUAAUGGGACUGUAGCAACUGUUGCAAAGCACAGCGAUUGUUCCAUGGCCAUAGGACUGGCCAUUCCAAUCAUGUGGAUCUCUGGUGAAGCAGAUGGUUAUAAAAGGCAUAAAGAAUCAUCAUGCCAAGAACUUGUACACAUAGUUGAUCAGAAGAAUUCACAGAAUGAUGCAAAUGGCAAUGAGAAGUCUAUUGUUGGGGGAAAUAGUGAUAUGGUUUGUCUUAGCUUGACAAGCUGGCAUCUAGUCCCUGGUACGCAUGGUGGCUCAUGGAAUAAGCUUGAGCAAGACAGUUUUCUUCUUGGACUCUACAUUUUUGGCAAGAAUUUAGUCCAAGUAAGAAGAUUUGUUGAGAGUAAGGAGAUGGGGGACAUACUUUCCUAUUAUUAUGGAAAGUUUUACAGGUCUGAUGCGCAUCGGAGAUGGGCUGAGUGUCGGAAAAUUAGGAGCAGGAAGUGUAUUCAUGGGCAGCGGAUUUUCACAGGAUGGAGGCAGCAGGAGAUAUUGGCACGUCUGUUACCCCACACAACUGAGGAAUCAGGGAAUACGCUGAUCGAGGUUUCUAAAUCAUUUGGCGAAGGAAGAGUUUCACUCGAGGAAUAUGUCUCAGCAUUGAAGAAUACAAUCGGGUUGAGGCAGCUAGUCGAUGCUAUUGGAAUCGGCAAGGGUAAGCAAGACCUUACUGGGAUUCUUAUGGAGCCCAUAAGGACAAAUCAGCCAGGCCCUACCCGCUCUGAAAUCCCUGUUGGCAAGGCUUGCUCCUCUCUCUCAUCCAAAGAUAUCAUAAAAUUUCUAACAGGAGACUUCAGGUUAAGCAAAGCAAGGUCAAAUGAUCUCUUUUGGGAAGCAGUGUGGCCUCGCCUCCUUGCAAAAGGUUGGCACUCUGAACAACCCAAAAAUCAGGGUUAUGUUGGCUCCAAGCACCCCUUGGUUUUCCUAACCCCAGGUAUAAAGAAGUUCUCAAGAAGAAGACUUGUAAAGAAUGUCGAUUAUUUUGAUUCAGUGAGUGACGUACUGAACAAGGUGGCAUUAGAGCCAGGGCUUCUUGAGCUAGAGGUGGAUGGGUCCAAAGGAAACAAACCCAAGGAAGAGUAUGCCUGGGAACCAGAUAUAAAACCAGAGCAAAAUGAGAAUGGGUCAUCCAAUCAGAACCGCCAUUGUUACUUACGCCCAAGGUUGCCCAAAUGCAAUUUGGAGCUUCCCCAAUUCACUGUGGUGGAUACUAGCUUGGCUCGUAAAGGAGAGCGGUUUAAGGUGAGAGAAAUGAGAAGCUUACCUGCUGAUACGAUUAUGAACAGCUUGACAAGCCUCUCGAGAGAAACAACUGAUGGGGAUAGCUCUGACGAGCAGGUAGAAGAGAUUGAUUCUGUUCAGAUUUUGCAGAAGAGCCAGGAGUCUCCCCUCCGUGACAAGUUUGCUAACGAAAAAUCAGGAGAGACUAUGAUGGAAAUUGACCAGAAUAUCAAUGUACAUUUGCAUGAAAACGAACAGGAAUCUACUCCAGUAUCAGAGGAAAAUCAAGAAGAACAAGUGAGAGAAACAAAAACCCCAAUGCUUCCAUGCUCAAAUUCUGAUCAGACAAAUAGUUUUGUUCCCUCUCCAAAAAGGCAAAAGAUAAGCCCUUGUGUUUCAAAUGAUCGGGGAGAUGGGUUUUCCGGGGAAUGUAAAAUUAAGAAACAAGAAUUUUUUAGCAGAUCAAAUUCAUGUGAAGUGAGCCCUUCUAAGGCUAAAGAGUCUAGCGCAUCUCUGCAGAAGAUGCACACUCCUUCCUCUGUCCAGGCCAGCCCAGAUAAUAGUGGAACUAUAGCCAACUGUUUAGAUAAUGCUAGUGAAACUGAAAGGAUCCAGCCCCCUCGGGCUUUGAUAGAUCUGAACAUACCACUGGAUAUUGAGAGUGGAGAAGCCUUAGUUCCACAGGUGGCUGAUAGCCAUGACGAGUUAAACCCACAACCAGAAGCAAAUUUUUCAAACUCAGAAUUCAACCGAAACCCCAAUGACGUGGUCAAGGAGGAAAAACCCACUGAAAAUGUUCGGAGGCAGAGUACGAGAAACCGGCCUUUGACAACUAGAGCAUUGGAAGCCCUUGCAUGUGGUUAUCUAAACACAAAGCGGAGAGCAAGGAAUAGUGACAAAACCGAUACCAAUAAGACCUUGGGUCGAAAAACCUCAACACGAAGACGAAGAAGAGAGGCCCAAGAUAGGGCUCCAGUGGUUGAAUCUGAGAAAGAAGAGGCGUCUGAUAAGGAUAUGAAAGUGGAGUUGGAGGAUGAGGAGUGCAGUAGCAGCAAGAACACUGCUGUGGUUGUCUCUCAGAUUCGAUCAGAGAGGAGAGGGUCACAUGGGUUGUUAGGUGUAGUCCCAAAUUACCAGACAGAGAUCUCGACUGGAAAAGAUGGUCGAUCUGAUUAGGCACAUUGCCUGUUUGCUACUAGGGGUAUAACCAUCUUUUGUUCUUGAAGUCCCUGAUCUUAUAGAGCUGCUUUAUUGGAGGCCAAGAAUUCGUCAACAUACCAUGAAGCAUUUUUUUUUUUCACUCAAGACUGAUGACCUUGAGCCAUUCUUGAAGCCUGAGAGGUGGCCUUUGGUGCACAAGGUACACUGGUUGUUGCAAGCUCUACACCAGUACACUAUGGCAUAAUCUUUCUUUUAUACACACCUCGUAGGAUUGGUUUCUGGCUGGUGGGAUAUACAUGACAUGAGGGCGACUGAAUCUUGAUUGGAUCAGCUUCUCACUCCCAUGAUCCAUCAUAGUUGCAGCAUUUUCAAUUGUAGUGAAAACAGUUAAGGUCCACCAGAGUUUUCAAGCUUGGCUCUCCAUUUCAGAUAAUUCUUCUGUUGCCAGUGCCAAUAGACCCGAAACAAGCUAACAUUCUGUCUUUUGCUAUAUAUAUAUAUAUAUAUAUAUAUAGAGAGAGAGAGAGAGAGAGAGAGAGAGAGAGAGAG